GACAGCCCACCAGCCACACCGCUGCACCCGCCGGCCGCUCAGCACGACCCUGCCGGACGGAACACUGCUCACUAAGAUACGGAGCACAGAUCGCUAAGAUGCGGCUUCCACUGAUGCUUUCGGCUUUAUUGGUGCUGACCAGCGCCCAGAGCCCCUGUGAUCCACUAACACAGUACCAGGCUGAAUCGGGACAGUGUUGCAUGAAGUGUGAACCAGGGACCAGCAUGUCAGAGGACAGUCUGAGUCUGACAGUCAACCCGACCCACUGUCAGACUCCUCAGUGCAAUCAGUGUGGGGAGAAUGAAUAUCAGGACACAUACACAGCCGAAACCAUGUGUAAAGCGCAACCAUACUGUGACCCAAAUAGGAACUUUGUGUUUGUUUCCGAUAAGAGCAAGACGAGUCGAAGCCCCUGCUUUUGUAAGCCGGGAUACCACUGCACCACCGAGGCGUGCAUCAAAUGUCUGCCACACACCGAGUGCAAACCGGGACAAAGGGUCAAGUCCAUAGGUAAUCACAGCCAGGACACAGUGUGUGAAAAAUGCCCUUCAGGAACAUUUUCUAUUGGGACGUCAGAGCCCGACUGUAAAAAAUGGACAGUUUGUGAGCCUGGACAUCAAGUUAAAACGAAUGGAACAGCCACAUCUGACACUGUGUGUGAGCCCAUCUCACGACGGCAUUUGGCUUGGAUUGUUCCCAUUUUAAUCAUUGUGAUACUGAUCGGGAUUGGAAUUGCAGUGUGGAAAUGCAAAGGUACUGCAGGUGAUGCAAAAGGCAAAGUAAAGGGCUGCGUGGAGUUUUGUCUGGAGGGAACCAAGGAGCCAGCGAGGGAAGCCAUCCCGACAGUAGCACAGCCGACAAACGAUGAACACUCCCUCUUAUCUGAGACGGGACCCCUGCAAGAGGCAAAGACACCCGAGGAAGUUGAGGAACCCAGCGAGCCACUGAUUGUCUUAGAUGCAGCUUUGACUGACAAUGGGAAUUUGGUGGCACAGGAAGACGGGAAAAAAGAAGUUCUGUCCCGGCAAGAAUCACAAACACAAUCAUGCCCGAGUGAAACUGUCUGACUGCUAAGCUCUUCUAAUAUUAAUGUAAAGUCAAUUGUAAUGUACAUGUGUAUUAAUGCCUUACACAAAAGCUGUAAAUGCAUGCCUUAAUUGUUUAGCAGUGAAUCACUGCAUGCCAAAACUGUGAAGCCUGUCCCCCUCUGUCCUCCAUACUUUAUUCCACCCAUAAAUCAUCAGAUUGUUAGAUUUCAUCCAGUUACUGAAUAGUUCAUCCUCUGUUAUAAGUCUGCCGGCCCACCUCAUUCUUAUUGCAUUUUUUUUUUCUUAAUAGACACCUUUCACGAGCUUUUAACCCUUUGAAACACAAGCAAAUUCACUUGAUUUCUUUCCAAAACAUGAAAAGGGUGAUUGGCAAAUUAGCAGGGAAUAAUACAUUUCCAGAAAUAAGAAAUAAUCAAAAAAACAAACAAAAAAAAAAAACACUAGAAAUUUUUUUUAAAAA